GAUCCUGAUACAUUAGGAUGUAGUAUUUCAUGUUUGACUGUGGACCUAGAACAGGGUCUGGUACAUUGUUGGUGUUCAGUAAUGAACUAUGUCAUAAACAAAACCAAAAUUUAAAAAAAGGACUCUAUGAGGACUAAGAUAUAUAUCUGGAGUAUCAUACCACUUGGAGUCUGGGAAUAGGCAAGGCCCGAUGAGAAAAAGGGAAAGUUAAGGAUGCUGGAGCAGAACAAUGGAUUUCUCUUUCUCUUUCAUGCAAGGGAUCAUGGGAAACACAAUUCAGCAACCACCUCAACUUAUUGACUCCGUCAACAUCCGUCAGGAGGAUGCCUUUGAUAACAGCAGUGACAUUGUUGAAGAUGGUGGCCAUACACCAUAUGAAGCUACCUUGCAGCAAGGCUUUCAGUAUGCACCUACAACAGAAGAUCUUCCUCCACUCACAAAUGGCUAUCCACCAUCAAUCAGCAUGUAUGAAACUCAAACCAAAUACCAGUCUUAUAAUCAGUAUCCCAAUGGAUCAGCCAAUGGCUUUGGUGCAGUUAGAAACUUUAGCCCCACUGACUAUUACCAUUCAGAAAUUCCAAACACAAGACCACAUGAAAUUCUGGAAAAACCUUCUCCUCCACAGCUACCACCUCCUUCGGUACCACAAACUGUGAUUCCAAAGAAGACUGGCUCACCUGAAAUUAAACUGAAAAUAACCAAAACUAUCCAGAAUGGCAGGGAAUUGUUUGAGUCUUCCCUCUGUGGAGACCUUUUAAAUGAAGUACAGGCAAGUGAGCACACAAAGUCAAAGCAUGAAAGCAGAAAAGAAAAGAGGAAAAAAAGCAACAAACAUGACUCAUCUAGAUCUGAAGAGCGCAAGUCACACAAAAUCCCCAAAUUAGAACCAGAGGAACAAAAUAGACCAAAUGAGAGGGUUGAUCCUGUUUCUGAAAAACCCAGAGAAGAACCGGUACUAAAAGAGGAAACCUUGGUUCAGCCAAUAUUAUCUUCUGUUCCAACAACAGAGGUGUCCGCUGGCAUUAAGUUCCAGGUUGGCGAUCUUGUUUGGUCGAAGGUGGGAACCUAUCCUUGGUGGCCUUGUAUGGUUUCAAGCGAUCCCCAGCUUGAGGUUCAUACCAAAAUUAACACAAGAGGUGCCCGGGAAUAUCACGUCCAAUUUUUUAGCAACCAACCAGAGAGGGCAUGGGUACAUGAAAAACGGGUACGAGAGUAUAAAGGUCAUAAACAAUAUGAAGAAUUACUGGCAGAGGCAACCAAACAAGCCAGCAAUCACUCUGAGAAACAAAAGAUUCGGAAACCCCGACCACAGAGAGAACGUGCUCAAUGGGAUAUUGGCAUUGCCCAUGCAGAGAAAGCAUUGAAAAUGACCCGAGAGGAAAGAAUAGAACAGUAUACUUUUAUCUAUAUUGAUAAACAGCCUGAGGAGUCUUUAUCCCAAGCGAAAAAGAAUGUUGCCUCCAAAGCGGAAGUUAAAAAACCCCGGAGACCAAGAUCAGUGCUGAAUACUCAGCCAGAACAGACCAAUACAGGUGAGGUGGCCUCCUCACUAUCAAGUACUGAGAUUCGGAGACAUAGCCAGAGGCGGCACACGAGUGUGGAAGAGGAAGAACCACCUCCUGUUAAAAUAGCCUGGAAAACAGCAGCAGCCAGGAAAUCGUUACCAGCUUCUAUUACAAUGCACAAAGGGAGCUUGGAUUUGCAGAAGUGCAACAUGUCUCCAGUUGUGAAAAUUGAACAAGUAUUUGCUCUUCAGAAUGCUACAGGAGAUGGGAAAUUUAUCGAUCAGUUUGUUUAUUCAACAAAGGGAAUUGGUAACAAAACGGAAAUAAGUGUCAGGGGACAAGACAGACUUAUAAUUUCUACACCAAACCAGAGAAAUGAAAAGGCAACACAGAAUGUAUCAUCUCCUGAAGCAACAUCUGGUUCUGCAGGCUCAGAAAAGAAGCAACAGAGAAGAUCAAUUAGAACUCGUUCCGAAUCAGAGAAAUCCACUGAGGUUGUGCCAAAGAAGAAGAUCAAAAAGGAGCAGGUUGAAACAGUUCCUCAGACUACAGUGAAGACUGGAUUACAGAAAGGUGCCAGCGAGAUUUCAGAUUCCUGUAAACCUCUAAAGAAAAGGAGUCGCGCCUCAACUGAUGUAGAAAUGACUAGUUCAGCAUACAGAGACACAUCUGACUCUGAUUCUAGAGGCCUGAGUGACCUGCAGGUAGGCUUUGGAAAGCAAGUAGAUAGCCCUUCAGCUACUGCAGAUGCAGACAUUUCUGAUGUGCAGUCCGUGGACUCAAGUUUGUCAAGAAGAGGCUUUGGAACGAGUAAGAAGGACACUGUGUGUCAGAUCUGUGAAAGCUCUGGUGACUCUCUGAUUCCUUGUGAGGGAGAGUGCUACAAAUACUUUCACCUGGAGUGCCUGGGGGUGACAUCACUCCCCGAUGGGAAGUUCAUCUGCAUGGAAUGUAAAACCGGAAAGCACCCAUGUUUUUCAUGUAAGGUGUCUGGUACAGAUGUGAAGCGUUGCUCUGUCGGUGCUUGUGGGAAAUUUUAUCAUGAAGCCUGUGUCCGCAAAUUCCCCACUGCCGUCUUUGAAUCAAAAGGAUUCCGCUGUCCCCAGCACUGCUGUUCUGCCUGCUCUAUGGAGAAAGAUAUCCACAAAGCAAGUAAAGGUCGCAUGAUGAGGUGUUUGAGAUGUCCAGUAGCCUAUCACUCUGGAGAUGCUUGUGUUGCUGCUGGAAGCAUAUUCGUGUCCUCCUACAUUCUCAUCUGUAGUAAUCAUUCCAAACGGAGCAGUAAUUCAUCCUCUGCUGUAAAUGUAGGCUUUUGUUUCGUUUGUGCGAGAGGGCUGAUAGUUCAGGAUCAUUCAGACCCCAUGUUCAGUUCAUAUGCCUAUAAGUCCCACUACCUACUGAAUGAAUCAAAUCGUGCAGAGUUGAUGAAAUUACCUAUGAUUCCUUCUUCGUCAGCUUCCAAAAAGAAAUAUGAGAAAGUUAUUAAGACUGUUUAUUUGUUUCAAGGUGGAAGAUUGCUCUGCUGUGAAUCGUGCCCAGCUUCCUUCCAUCCAGAAUGCCUGAGCAUAGAAAUGCCAGAAGGCUGCUGGAAUUGUAAUGACUGUAAAGCUGGCAAGAAACUGCAUUACAAGCAGAUUGUUUGGGUCAAAUUGGGAAAUUACAGAUGGUGGCCAGCAGAGAUCUGCAAUCCCAGGUCUGUGCCACUGAACAUCCAGGGCCUUAAGCAUAACUUGGGGGACUUCCCUGUGUUCUUCUUUGGUUCUCAUGACUACUAUUGGGUGCACCAGGGCAGAGUGUUCCCUUAUGUUGAAGGAGACAAAAGCUUUGCUGAGGGACAGACUAGUAUUAACAAGACCUUCAAAAAAGCUCUGGAAGAAGCUGCAAAACGUUUCCAGGAGUUGAAAGCACAAAGAGAAAGUAAAGAAGCACUAGAGAUUGAAAAAAACUCAAGAAAACCUCCUCCUUACAAACACAUCAAAGCUAACAAAGUCAUAGGAAAGGUACAGAUCCAGGUUGCAGACCUGUCAGAGAUUCCCCGCUGUAACUGCAAGCCAGCCGAUGAGAACCCUUGCGGCUUAGAAUCCGAGUGCCUGAACAGAAUGCUGCAGUACGAGUGUCACCCGCAGGUGUGCCCAGCCGGAGAUCGUUGCCAGAACCAGUGCUUCACAAAGAGGCUCUACCCUGAUGCAGAAAUCAUCAAAACGGAGCGAAGAGGCUGGGGCCUCAGGACCAAAAGGAGCAUUAAGAAGGGUGAAUUUGUAAAUGAAUAUGUUGGCGAAUUAAUUGAUGAAGAAGAAUGCAGAUUGCGAAUCAAGCGAGCCCACGAGAACAGCGUAACCAAUUUUUAUAUGUUAACUGUCACCAAGGACCGUAUAAUUGAUGCCGGCCCAAAAGGAAAUUACUCUCGCUUUAUGAACCACAGUUGUAAUCCAAACUGUGAAACACAAAAGUGGACAGUGAAUGGAGACGUUCGAGUUGGACUUUUUGCUCUUUGUGAUAUUCCUGCAGGAAUGGAGUUAACUUUUAAUUAUAACCUGGAUUGCCUGGGCAACGGCAGGACGGAGUGCCACUGUGGGGCAGAGAACUGCAGUGGUUUUCUUGGAGUGCGGCCCAAGUCAACAUGUGUGGCAACAACUGAAGAAAGGGCAAGAAAUGCUAAGUUAAAGCAGAAGAGACGAAAAAUCAAAACAGAAUCAAAGCAGAUGCAUGAAGAUUACUGUUUUCAAUGUGGAGAUGGUGGAGAGCUGGUCAUGUGUGAUAAAAAGGACUGUCCCAAAGCAUACCACCUCCUAUGCCUUAACCUGACUCAGCCACCAUAUGGAAAAUGGGAGUGCCCGUGGCAUCAGUGUGAUGAGUGCAGCAGUGCAGCUGUUUCCUUCUGUGAGUUCUGUCCACGUUCCUUCUGUAAAGAUCAUGGGAAGGGGGCUCUGGUCCCCUCUGCACUGGAAGGCCUUCUCUGCUGCUCCGAACAUGACCCCGGGGCUCCUGUGCCACCAGAAUACUGGAGCAAGAUCAAAUGUAAAUUGGAAUCACAAGAUCAUGGAGAAGAAGCAAAAGAAUGAAUGGGUGGUGAUUUCCUUUUUUCCUUUCUCUUUGAACAAAAAGGAAAAGCAGGACGUAAAUAGAUGGUGUGUUAGUAAAGGAGAGACUGCUGCAGUGUGCACAGCCUUUGCCAUCAGUACUGCCUUAUUAAGAGACUGGGAGCCUGGUCCUGAGGCAGAAGCAGUUGGUGAUAUCUGGGUUUUGUUUGAUUUUGUUGUUUUGGUGAUUCUUGAGUGGAGGGUUCGAUUCCCUUGGCCCUUGCUUGCCUUUUAUUGUGCUUCAAGGCCUUGCAGUUGGAAAAAGAUAUGUCUUUGCUUUUAAAAUAAGAACAAAGAGAAAAGAAAGUUUUGUUAAUGACAUAAGUGUAAAGUCCUUGGAUGUAAAAAGCAAAAGUCGCCAUCAUUCCUUUAUUUAUUUUCAUUUUUUAAAAUGUUGAGAAGUGUAGUUCAGAUAGUCUAAUCAGUGUAUGUGUGAGUGUGUUAAGUAGGAAUUGGAGAAAGCCCUCUAGCAAAGGAUAUGACGAUCUUUAUAUACCUCUUUACUGGGUAGUAGGUAGGCUAACUUCUCUUUCCUUUCAAAUGUCUUUCAUAGCCUUUGAGAAGGGUUCUAUGGAAGCAUCGAAUCUGGCCUCUUGAAAACAAAAUGCUCCUGUGGAUUUUACCUCUGUGGUCUUAAACUAGGUGGGCUUUGUGAUACAAUAACUUUACCUAGAAAGUUAUAUAGUGUGAUUUUGGUUUUGGUUUUGGUUUGGAGAAAAAAAGAAAUGGAUGUACUUACUGAGUUUGAAGUGUUCUCCAUUGAUAGUGGGUAUUUUUGAUGAAGUGCAUUUAUGUAGAUAUGAAUGCAGUAUUAGAGUGGCCAUUCCUAUUUCUUUUUUAUACAUAUUUUUAUUGAUUUCAGAGAGGAAGGGAGAGGGAGAGAGAGAUAGAAACAUCAGUAAUAGGGGAGAAUCAUUGAUCAGCUGCCUCCUGCACGCCCCCUACUGGGGAUCGAGCUCAUAACCCAGGCAUGUGCCCUGGCAGGGAAUCGAACCAUGACCUCCUGGUUCAUAGGUUAACGUUCAACCACUGACCACACUGGCCAGGCUCAUUCCUAUUUCUUGACAGAUAAAGGCAGCUAGAGGGAGGAGACAAAAGGCACAGACCAAAAAAGUUGGAUGAUAUAAGCACCAUUUGCUGUCACACCCUGGUUGACUUGGAAAGAAUUAAGGGUAUUUUAUUUUGUCUCUGCUUCCCUCUCCUAAUCAAACAUUCCCUUUAUCAACUGACUCCUCAAGUUUCCUGGUGAAACUACACAGAUGAAUUUGAAUUGUUUUUGAAUAGCUCUUUUUGGUGUAGUUCCUAUUGGGGUUGGGGGAGGGGUAGGGACAGGCACAUCUCAAAGUUAUAUGUCAACAAUUUCUAUUAUCUGGUACUUAACAUUGUCCCCAUAGAAGAAGGGAGGGGAAGCCCUUCUACAGGGUGUAUAGUAGCCACACAAAUACACUUCAUCUUAGGAACCACUUAGGAAAAGCUCCCAAGGAAGCAGUGUUAGCCAAAAUGAUUGGCUGUGGUGCUUGCAUCUCAUAGAUGCAAGUGUACAAAGAUGUCUGCCCACAAAACUCACUUGUUUUUAACCCCUAGGAAUAUGUAUAUCCCAGUAUUCCUUGUAUGAAAUAAUUAGUAAUGUCAGACAUUGUUGUAACACUGUACUAAGUAGAAGUCUAGAAUUAGCUUGAAUGAAAGUUAACUUUCUCUGUGAAUUUUGACUGCUUACAUAAAUUGCUGGUACCUGAUAACAUUUAUUUUCCCUCAAGAAGUACCUAGUAAUCUUAUGAAGGUAGGGAGGGUAGAUGCUCUACCACACUCCUUCAGUUGUGUUAUAUGUGUUUCUUUUUCUUAUCAAUUUAGAGCUCUUCUCUGGAAAAAAGAAGAAAAGCUGUUUUGUGCCUCUCUUUUUUUUGUAUGUAAAUGUGCAAUUAUACUGGAUUUUGUCUUGUGGGGGGGAAAAACAAAACAAAAAACAACACUACAUUUCCUUUACUUAAGCUCCUAAACUGCCACUUGCCUGAUUCUGGCAAUUAAUUUUGAGGUAACUUAUUGGGCCUCCAAUAGUUCUGUUGAUUAGAUAUGGUCCCAAAAGAAAGAGCAAAAUGGAAAAUGCUAUACAUGUUAGCAACUGUAAUUGCUGCAAGUAACAUGGAUUACAUCUCGCCAAAACACUAACCUUUGCUCUUGAACAAUUAUAUAGCUUGAUGUCCUUUUAAAAAAUAAUUUAAGAAAAUCUAGGUUUUAUCAUACUAAAACUUUAUUUUAUAUAUAUAUAUAUGAUAAAUGUUUGCUUUUCUAAACUUACUAACAUGAAGGAUUUCCUUUCAUAUUCAAAAUGUAACUCUUGUUAAAACAAUAUCCAACAUGAAAUCUUAUCUCCUUAGUGCUAUUUGAUAUCUGAUGACUUUUAUAUGGUAAGCCAGGGUCUAGUCUAUAAACACAAAUACAUUAGGUUUAAGUAUUUUUAUGCAGUUCUUCAUUGUGUCACAUUUUGUUUGUGUAUAUAUAAUAGAGCUCUGCUGAGCCUUCUUAAUUAGGGGGGCGGGGUGACUAAUAGGUUUGUUCUGACAUUUCAGAAAUCAGGGUAGGAAACAAAAUAGCUAACCCUAGCUCUGGGUCUGUGCAUGAGUGUUCUUUCAUGGUCUAAAAAGUGGUUUUAGUCAUGCCAGUGCCAAGGAGCUCUUCUUACACCUCCGUCGUGUUACUGUUGACUAUUGAAUACAUGUGAAGUUGCAGGUUCUGGAAGCAGAAAAAGAAUAAAUUGUGCUUUAAAUGUGCAUAGUAUACAUGCACUGUGCUUGUCUGUGCUUCCCCAAUGAAAUAUUCCAAACACACACUGCUCACUCAGUCUGAGGUUGGUAUUUGUUAACUUUUAACUGUAUGUGGUCAGAGCAUACGUGGUUGGUUUUUAUUAUUGUCCAAAAUGAAAUAACUUAAAGCAGCUUGGGAUAAUGGUAUUUUUUUUAACCUCAUGUUAAUUCUUGGGAGGAAGAAGUGAAAAUAAGGUUUUUUAUAAUCAUCAUAAAGCAUCGGAAAUUGGAUCAGUAACAAACUAAAGAUGAAAUCCUGAUAAAAAUUCCAGACGCUGUGCCGUGAGAGAGGGGCUGGGCCGUGGCCGGCAUGAGGAAGCAGGAGCGGCCGUAGUGGCUGAGAAGGCUGAAGCAGCCCGAGGACACAGUCACUUCCUCAGUGUUUAAUCAGGGCUCGAGUUAGGGGCGAGGCGGGGUUUACUUUCCUGUUUGUUUUAACAAGCUCCCAUUCUAUCUUAAUUCUCAAAAAUAAUCUGGCCUAAGUUAUAGAAUAGGCUUACUUUUAGAAUCAUCGAAACUUGUAUGUUCAAGGCAGGAACAUACCUCAAAACUAAAAUAAUAAUAAUAAUAAUGGGGGCAGGUAAGACUGCUCCAGUUCCCUUCUGCCAUUCCCAAGUAUUUGUAAAUAAUGUUGUGCAAUUCUGAGGUAAUCAUGUAAAGGACUCUGAGACAGGGCAGGUUGUUGGGCAACUCUUUCCUGGUUCAUGAAGUAGGGCCUCCUUAUGGAGUCGUUUGUUGCAUGGUAUGUGUUCCAAUCAGGGUCCAACCAGAUCUGCAGUUUGGAAACGGAUACAUAGGCCAGCUGUACAGAAUGUAAUCUCUGGACUACCCAGCAUUUAUUGCUUGUCUUUUGUUUCAUUUUUAAACACAAAGCUUCCUUUAACGUUCACCCUAAAGUCAAGGUGCUGCCACAUGCUGUGUCCCAGCAGGAUAAGAAAACAGUCACGCUUGGGAAGCUAUGUGUGACGUGCUUGUCCGUGAGGUACGAUGAUCCUGGGAAGCGGCUCCAUGGGCAGUGCAGUUAGACUUGUCAUACUUCCUACAAGGCUGAUGUAUCUAGCCACCCCCAAGUUGUCCAAGUUGCUGCAGACACGAAAUGAUCAUUUGGAGUAAUGUCCUUUGACCUAGGGCCACAUAGAACCGGUCUGUGGUUAUUUGUCAACAAAGAAGAGAACUUUCUCCCAUUUUCAGAUUAGCGAGGGCAUAGAUAUAAUUAGUCAGCUUUGUCAUGUAUUGACAAAUAUUGAAAAGUUGGAAAUUUGUAUAUACUGAAGUCUACCAACUUUUACCUGGGGUGGGGCACAGGGAGAAAAGGGGGUGGGAGAGUAGGAUAAGGGAGGGGGGCGAUGAUGUUUACCACAGGUGCGAAGUAGUCACUUUAACUUUGAGACCUCUGCCUCAUGAAUUCAGGUUUUUUAAGUACUUGAAAUUCUUCAGAUUCUCCUUAUGUUAACAGUUAUUUUAAAAUUUAUGAAGUAGAAAACAUUGUUUUAUAUACUGUUUUGAAAAUAGCCUAGUCUCUUCUCCUCUUUCACUCGGAUUAAAGGUGAAGUUCUGCAAGUGGGAGAGUGUGUUCACAGUAGGUUUCUCAGAUCUAAUGUACACAUCUGAGGGAGAGACUCCUGCAUGGGACACCAGCAGCAUUUUGAUGAAUAUUUCCUAUGUAUGUUCUUUAUCCUUUUGUCAACCUAAGCACCUCUUCUUUCUUUCUCAUGUAUGCCUGCCUGGGAAGGGGGUGGGGGGAAUUUGCACUUAUGUUACACUCUUGAAAUGCUGGGUGUAACCUGUGUGUUUAAAAACCAUUUCCAUUCUUUUUUUUGUCAGUCCAUUGCUUAAGUGACCAGUUAGGUGCUGUGGCACAUACGUAUGAAGGGGGAGGAGAGAGAGAGUUACCUGUUUUUUGGUAGCCUCUGAAAGUCAUUAACAUGUAAUAAAAGGGAAAAGAUGAGUAGUUGCCAAAGUCAUUUAUUCAGUCCUUAGUUUUCUUAUGUGACGUUACUGUAUCUGCAUAUUGGUAAGAAGCACCCUCAGGUUCAGUACUCCCUUCCCUGCCCACCAGACUUCUGAUAUGCGUGAAUGCAGAUUAUCUGGAUUAGGUAUUGAUAGGUAUUCUUGUCAGUUUGGAAGUGGACUGGAUAAAAUUUGUUUAUAUCUCUCCCUUUAUUUCAUUUAUGCUGUCACAUACCCUAUGUUAAAAAAGAAAAUUAUUAUUGCCACAGACAACCAAGUUGCUAAAUGAUGAUUACAACUGGCUAAUAAUAAGAUUCUUUUUAUAUACAAGGGUGUGUGCAAAUUUGAAUUGAUAUGAGAAAUUCAUUUUUACUCACUUGUGAUAUUGCACAAACACAGAUACCUACAGAUUCUGUUUUCAUUUCCUUGUGAUCUUUAUCUAUGAUAACAACCUUUGUAGAUUGGUUAUUUCUGUACUUUAUCUGUAAUAAACUUUGUAGAUCCUGUGAAAUGUUAUUUUACCUAAAUCACUUGAGACUUGAGUCUUUAAUAACAAAGCACCAAUAUUCACUAAAGUCAAUCUCUUUUGAGUUUCUGUGACUUGGCUAGAAGCUCGACACUAAAGGAUUAGUGACCAUUUUUCCUGGGGGUGUUCCACUAGGGCAUUACUGUAUAUCGACUUGAUGUUGCCACACAGACUUCAAGAUAUAUAUUUUGGGGAUUUUGUUGAUUGGCCUAUGUUUUAUUGCAUAGUGUGGAGUGUGAAAAGCUUGGUUAACCUGUAUAUAGAUAGCUUAUUGUUGACUCGUUACCGUGUAUUUAGGAUUGCCUGUAAUAUUUAAGCUGCUUACUGCUAUCUGUGCUGGUAGGAAUAUACAAUUUUUGUAUAUUAUAUUUACUGAGAUGUUGCCUUUUUUAUUUUAUAAAUACUUUGGAAUUCAAAUGUGGCUUGUUUUGUUGGGGGUUUUUUGCUUCCAUGAGGAUUAAUUUGGAAAGGUUUUUAAUGACAUUCCACUGAUUUCAGAUUUUGCUUGAGAUUGACUUCAAUAAAUUGUCCUGUAUGUUCCAAAUUAAA